AUGACCUUAACACUCCCCUGCAUUUGGUACAAUGCAUCAGAUGACAUCCUUUGGCGGAACAUGUCAUGGACCUGCUAUUGGGCCAAGGAUGUGUGGAUCUUACCAGUUCAUAGACCCUCGAACGCUGGUCAUUGGGUACUGUGCAUUGUGCACCUCGAGAGCAAGGAGCUCCACCUCUUCAAUAGCUUUGCAGAGCAACAACCUUGGGAGAGGGAUAUCAAAGUGAGUACCAUAUACCUCUUUCGUUGUUCAUUAAGACCAAAUACAUCUAGGACAUCAUGA